GUUUCCCAUUCUGUUCCGAGAUUUCCUCUCGACCAGUUCGGUGCCGACCAUGCCUUUCUGGGCAUCUCUCUGGGAUUUGAAAGGGAGACCGAGCUAGAGGUUGAAUUUUGGGGGUCGUGCCCAAUUACCCAAGGCCUGGCCCCCGGAGUGGAGGAACCCUGGGGCGCCUUGGUUUGCCAGUCUCCUCCUGGACGGCAAGUCCUGGGCAGAUCACGGAAGCGGGGUGGCUAGAGGGAGCAGAUCAAUAUUUCUUAAAAGGCAACCGGAAAACUCAAGGGCCCUGGGCCACCGUGAAUUUAAAAGAACAAUUUCAGUUCCAAAACAGUGCCCACUCAAGUUGCGUUUGUUAUUUUGGAUGCUGAAGUCAAUCCAGUUAUCUGAUGCUAAUCAAUCGUAAAGAAUGGGGUAUUGAGCACUGAUCAUCUGGGGUAAGGCACAAUUGAAAACACACUGAUGUCUCCUGUUUGUUGCAGCCAUGGCUCUAAAAGGACAAGAGGAUUACAUCUAUCUUUUUAAGGAUUCAUCACAUCCAGUGGAUGUUCUGGAUGCCUUCAGAACGUUUUACUUGGAUGGAUUAUUUACUGAUAUUACCCUUCAGUGCCCUUCAGGCAUAAUCUUCCAUUGUCACCGCGCUGUUUUAGCUGCUUGCAGCAACUACUUUAAGGCAAUGUUUACAGCUGACAUGAAAGAAAAAUUCAAAAGUAAAAUAAAACUCUCUGGCAUCCACCAUGACAUUCUGGAAGGCCUUGUAAAUUAUGCGUACACCUCCCAAAUUGAAAUAACGAAGAGAAAUGUUCAGAGCCUGCUGGAAGCGGCGGAUCUGUUGCAGUUCCUCUCAGUAAAGAAGGCUUGCGAGCAGUUCUUGGUAAGGCACCUGGAUAUUGAUAAUUGUAUUGGAAUGCACUCCUUUGCAGAAUUCCAUGUGUGCCCAGAACUAGAGAAGGAAUCACGAAGAAUUCUGUGUUCGAGGUUUAAGGACGUAUGGCAACAGGAGGAAUUUCUGGAAAUCAGCCUUGAGAAGUUUCUUUUUAUCUUGUCCAGAAAGAAUCUCAGUGUGUGGAAAGAAGAAGCGAUCAUAGAGCCCGUUAUUAAAUGGACUGCCCAUGAUGUAGAAAACCGAAUAGAGUGUCUAUAUAAUCUACUAAGCUAUAUCAAUAUAGAUAUAGAUCCGGUGUACCUAAAAACAGCUCUAGGCCUUCAAAGGAGCUGCCUCCUAACGGAAAAUAAAAUCCGGUCUCUCAUAUACAAUGCUCUGAAUCCUAUGCAUAAAGAGAUUUCCCAGAGGCCCACGGCCACCAUGUAUAUCAUAGGAGGCUAUUACUGGCAUCCUCUGUCAGAGGUUCACAUAUGGGACCCACUGACAAAUGUUUGGAUUCAGGGAGCAGAAAUACCAGACUAUACUAGGGAGAGCUAUGGUGUUACCUGCUUGGGACCCAACAUUUAUGUCACUGGGGGAUACAGGACGGAUAACAUAGAAGCUCUAGACACAGUGUGGAUCUAUAACAGUGAAAGCGACGAGUGGACAGAAGGUUUGCCAAUGCUCAAUGCCAGGUAUUACCACUGUGCAGUCACCCUGGGCGGCUGUGUUUAUGCUUUAGGCGGUUACCGAAAAGGGGCCCCAGCAGAAGAGGCCGAGUUCUAUGAUCCGUUAAAGGAGAAAUGGAUUCCUAUUGCAAACAUGAUUAAAGGUGUGGGAAAUGCGACCGCCUGUGUCUUACAUGAAGUCAUCUACGUCAUUGGCGGGCACUGCGGCUACCGAGGAAGCUGCACCUACGACAAGGUGCAGAGCUACAAUUCAGACAUCAACGAGUGGACUCUCAUCACCUCCAGUCCGCAUCCAGAAUACGGAUUGUGUUCAGUUCCGUUUGAAAACAAGCUGUAUCUAGUUGGCGGGCAGACUACCAUCACCGAGUGCUACGACCCCGAACAGAACGAGUGGAGAGAAAUCGCGCCCAUGAUGGAGAGGAGGAUGGAGUGUGGCGCUGUCAUCUUGAAUGGCUGUAUUUAUGUCACUGGAGGAUAUUCCUACUCAAAGGGAACGUACCUUCAGAGCAUCGAGAAAUACGACCCAGACCUUAAUAAGUGGGAAAUUGUGGGUAAUCUUCCAAGUGCCAUGCGCUCCCAUGGCUGUGUGUGUGUGUACAGUGUCUGAUCAAAUCCGCACAGUAAGUGACCGAGGAGUAGUUGCUUCUUGGGGGUAGAGUUUUUUCUUUUGUUUUAAAGAAAAAACUCUUUUUUUUCCCCUUGUUAUCAUGACCUGGCCCAUAGUAGGGGGUUGGUAAGUUUUAAUCCCUCACCCUUACUGUACACACAAGCCCAGUGAUUCAUGGGGAAGAAAGUCUUGGGUCUGUACAGUUGAAUCAGUGGGAUUGCCACCUAAAAUCUCUGAUUUUUAAAGCUGAUAUGGGAUACUGAGCCCUUGGUAAAAGGUGAAAUUACCCUUGUGGUUGGUCUUUUGCUCCUGGUAGCAUUUACACUGGGUGUAGUGUAGGUCAGAAUCAUUCUGAGCUGCAGUGUCUCGUCACUCUAAAAAGUAGUAGACAGGGUGCAUGCGGGUUCUCUUCAGCUUGAAGAAGUUGAGAUUCAACAAGAGAAUCUCUUCUACCUCUCCAAAGUCAGCACCUACACAAACACAGUUCUUUUUCACCGAUAGAAUUAAUCUAGACUGGGGACUGAGUCAUUUUGCUUUGUAGCGUAUGUAAUUUAUUGUGCAUGGGGUUUUUAUUGUUGUUUUUUAAUAUACUGACCGUGAGCAAGAGAUAAAACUGUGUAAAAAAGUUCAUUACUGUUCAAAUAUUUGCAAAUGAAAUGUAAGUGAAUGACAAAUCUGAAAGAAAAACACUACGGAGAAAAUAAUUGAAUACUUGCUGAGGCUAAGGGCUGUUUUUAAGUUUUCCACUUUGAUGUAAAUAGCUAGUUUUGGGAUCUUACGCAUGCUAUAAAAUCCCUUAUUCUACAUGUUUGCAUAUAGACAUUGAGUUUUAGUGCUAGAAAGCUGAUAGAACAGUUAAGA